AUGUCCCCUCGUCGAUCCUCUCGAGCUCGCACCACACAACCGUCACCCGCCCUCCUCCAGCACACAAACUCCAACAGCUCAUCAGGAAACUCCCUCGGUCGUGGCGAACGAAGUACUCGCUCGAAUCAUAAAUUAUCGUCACCCCAGGGUUCCCAGUCCCUCGACGAGUCGGACGGCAAACCCGAUCUCCCACAAACGCGCCAGCGCCAACAUGCACAAGAUGAUGACAGCGACGACCUCCCCAAAGGUAACGAAGACGCUGAUGCCGACGACGAUGAGAACGAGGAGGAAGAAAUAACGAGGUGCCUGUGUGGGCAGCAGGAGUAUCCAGGACUCCCCCCUCUCCAAGGCAACCCAGUGGGAGGCAAGGAAAGCUCUAAGAUAGCGACGACAGAGUCCGAUCCUCUAAGCGAUGAGAUAGGAAGCAUGUUCAUUCAAUGCGAUUCAUGCAAAGUAUGGCAGCAUGGCGGUUGUGUUGGUAUAAUGGACGAGGCUAUGAGCCCCGAUGAGUAUUUUUGCGAGCAGUGUCGCAAAGAUCUUCACAAGAUCACCAGUGAGCCGAAUGGCCAAUUUUCAUCCCAAUACCUACCCGUUGCGCCCGUUGCCAGCCCCCGGUCGCCGUCACGAGAAUCUUCGAGGGAUACAUCGCGCCCAGCCCGUGACUCAAAGUCUCGCCAGAGCGAUAAUCCUAAACGCCGUUCUACAAUGAAUAGUCGGGAUGCCGCUUACGACGAAGAGGAGCUCCUUCGACGGGCUAUAGAAGAAAGUAAGGAGGAGACCAGGAUGAGCAAUGACGAGACAGGCUCUCGGAGAACAAAACGAAGUCGAAGCGACAGUGAAGCUCACAAAGAAGGUGUUAAGCGUCCCCGAACGAGCUCACAGUCACCCUCCGGUUUGUCAAAUAGCAACCCCGCUUCACAACCAGUGUCUGAAGACGAGGAAAAGGCAAGGUUAAACGGUGCAAAUAGACCUAAGAGAGCCCCUCCUGCUCGCAACCAACGAGAUAAGGAGACAAAAGAGCCAGAAGAGCAGGAAACAGAGCGUCCAGAAACCGCCACCCGAAGGAAAUCUCGAUCAGAGAAGAGAAAAGGAGAUGAAUCCGACCAUGAAAUCGAAGCAUCACCCACAAAACCUCCUGCGUCGGUCCCCGUACCGAACGAGCCUGAGCCCUCAGAAACAGCUCCAGAAACCCCAAUCCAACCCGCCGAGCCAGUGCCUCCUCCACGUCAAUCAAUACGAAAAUCCGGUCGCCCUCCAGCCCGUCGAGGAGGUCGAGUAGGACGUAAUCAAUACACACGAGACCGUGACACUAAUGGGGAUAGUAUCAACUCGCCAAACUCACCUCACGGGGGGCAAUAUCGUGAUAAUGGCCGAGAUUCGCCCAAUAUGGGGGGGCCCAACGGAAUCCAUGCUAAUGGCACAGAGACCGGAAAGGCCGGGAAAGCUCGUCAUUUAAACCCUCAUCGUACGUCAAUGAAUGAGAUGAAGAGACGAGUUGCUGCCAUUCUCGACUUCAUCUCACGCAUGCAGGUCGAGAUGGCUGCGAGCGGGGAGACAGUGACCCCACCAGACGGCAAUGGGAGUGGGAACGAGAACAGCUCUCGCACAGCCUUGGUGAAGGGGGUUCAGGAGCAAUUGGGCAAUCUGCUCAGCAUGAACGGCGAAGGCGCAUCCACAGACGGCUCCACCGCUUCGGUAACUGACGGCGAGGUGGCAGGAAAGGAGCGAGACUUCAAGGACCUCAGCAGCGUCGAGAUGAUGGACGUACUCACUCGACAUUUACUGAAAUGGCAGCAAGAGUACGGAAAGUAUGGCGAGAAAUAG